UUUGAAUUAGAGGAAUAUUAGCGAUGAAGAAAUCAAUGUCAGUGCAAGUAUGUUUCACUUUCAUCAGGGUUCUGAAAGUCUUGUCUCCUCCUACUCCUCCUCCGCUUCCACUGCUCGCAAGAAGAUUCAUGGCUUCCAACUCCAAGGGUGACAAUGACAUGGCCAAGAACAUCUCCUCCAUCUCCCCUAUUUCCUACGGUGAUCCCUGCCAUGAUCUGUGUUUCCACGUGAAAUCACCAGACAACGUCGUAGGACUGUGUCUCCUACCACCAGAGCCCAGUGAUGAAGAGCGGGAGCAGCAGAACAAGGCCACCCUAAACUAUCUGAAGCAACUGCUGCCGGUGGCCUGGUCCCACAAUUCCCUAACCACCCUCAAGCUCAUCUUCAAUCUCAACUCUCUCGAGAGUCCUGGCGAAAAAUAGUUUCCGGCAGCCUUUACGCGGCCGCAAUCUGGCUCCACCACAACCACCCCAAGACGCUAUUAUGCAACAUCCCCUCCUUCGCCGGCUCCGGCUCCUUCUACCUCUCGAUAGCUCGUUUGUGGGACCUUGUUGAGAUUCUCUACGGCCUUCUUCUAGAACAAGGAGAAGAAGACUCUGCGGCGCAGAGGCUCCACCGU